ACAUGUGUCUCUCCGCCCCCCAGCCAUUCAAGUGCGACACUUGUCGCCUGAAGCGAUAGGCAGUGCUAGUCUGUCAUACGUGACCCGAACUGUGGGAUUUGGAACUUUACCAUUAUUUAGCCCGCCACAUCAAAAUGACUUGGAGACUUUUGGUCCUCGGUGGGGCAUGCUUGCUUCUUCUGGGUGUGGGGGGUCAGUGCAAAGAGCAACGAAACCGGAGAACGGUGUCUUUCCAUCAGACUCAGCAAGAUGGGGACCAACGCCAAGUCCUCUCACGGCCAGAAAGGGAUACCACAGCUUCUCCAAGACCCACUUUCACCGCUUGUAAACUCCCUCUCACACCAUUAGAACACCGGGUGUUGGAUCAAAAUACACACGAGACAGGGUUUCAUGGUGACGAUGGCUCCAGUUUUACUGUCACAUGGGUUGGAGACGGGACAGGAGUAAUCUUGGUGUUGUCUACAAUCAGUGCUCCUCUAGAUUCCUUCUUCGAGGGCGGUUCUUCACGAUUGUACCGCAGUGCAGACUAUGGCAAGUCUUUCUAUGAUAUUUCUCAUCUCAUCAACAACACCUUCAUAAGGAAGGAAUUUGGACUUCUGGCUGGACCAGGGAACUCUCAACAGGUGAUUCUGACUGCAGACACACCAGUUUUGGACAACCCCGGUGGCGUCAUCUUUACCUCAACUGACGCCGGAGUGUCGUUUAAGUCUGUUCAGCUGCCUUUUCACCCGGCCCAGCCAAUCACCUUCCACUUCUUGAAUCCCGAGUACUUAGUGGUCAUCAGCAUAGAUGGCGGCCUGUGGCUUUCUCUGGACUUUGGGGCUGUGUGGACAAAGGUUCAUGAAGGAACACAAUCUUUCAUGUGGGGCUCCGGCAUCACUCUCUUCUUCAGCUUCAGUCCCAAAGGAACAGUGGAGGCAGACAGAAGAGGAGAGCUGUUCCUGAAGAGGACAGAAGACCUGGGGAAGACGUUCACCACCGUGGCACACAGCAUCUUCUCCUUCGGCUAUGUAGGAAGCUUCCUCUUCACCUCAGUCAUAGAGACACUGGGAGCCCCACGUGUCAUCUAUGUGUCCUCAGACCAAGGGGACCACUUCAACAAGGCCCAGCUCCCCUCCGCCUCCACUGAGCAGUUCUACUCGGUUCUGGAUGGGGAUGAGGACAUGAUCUUCAUGCAUGUGGACAAUCCAGGAGAUUACCUGCACUACUUCAACAAGUCCAAGAGCUGGAUCAAUGCCCUGAAGUUCUGUAAAAGUUGUGGCUCCAAGACCAACCUGGUGCACAUCACCAACCAGACCGUGCAGGCUGACGUGACCCAGCUCCUGGCCAACUUGGAGCUGCCAUGUGGGGGGGAGUGGAUUGGUCUGGAGCGGUCCAUCUUUCAGUGGAGCGCCCCCUGGCUGUGGACCAGUGGGGAUGUUGAUAAGGUGGUGAAGUACAGAGAGUGGCACAGCUGCUUCCCCCUCAACCCCAUCAAUUACCACUGUGGUAAGAUGAUCCGGGUUGGUAACGGAGAACUGAAGUGGCUGGAUGCUUCUUGUCAUCAGGAAUUACCCUUCAUCUGUCAAGGUACAGCCCCUGACCUCUUCUUUAGCCAGCAGUCCUUGGAUGAGUCCUUCAGUGACACCUGA